UAGGGGAAGGGGAAGGGGAAUGAGAAGGCGAAGGGAAAGGGGAAGGGGAAGGGGAAGGGAAAGAGGGCACGGGAGGAGGAGGAGGAGGACGAGGAGGACAAUGAGGAGGAAGUCCGCGGACCAUGGGAUCUCGGCGUGGGAGAGGGGGGAGGGUUUGGGGGGGGGUCGGCGGAGGAGGAGGACGACGACGAGGACGACGAGGACGAGGAGGACAAUGAGGAAGAGGAGGAGGAGGCCGAGGAGGAGGACAAGGAGGAUUCGGGGGAGGAGGAGGAGGAGGAGGAGGAGGAGGAGGAGGAGGAGGAGGAGGAGGAGGAGGAGGAGGAGGAGGAGGAGGAAGAGGAGGAGGAGGAGGACGAUGAGUAGGGGGAGGAGAAGGGGUAGGAGGAGGGGUAGGUGGAUGAGGAGGAGGAUGGGUAGCUCAUUGGAGGCUCAAUCCCUGUUAUUUGACAUCUCCUUUUGUCGCCCUCUACUUUUCUCACCAUCUCUCAUUCCUUAAAAAAAAACAUUUAUUCUCACUUUCUCUCCUUCCCAGUCCAUUCCGCUCCAAGCCUUUUCAUUCUCGUGUCUGUCUACUGCUUUUUUCUUGUCCACCUCACAUCAUCCCCACCCUUUCCCUCCUCCCCUUGUUUGUGCACACCGUCUCUCUCCUCCAUCUCCUCUUGCUUGCUCCCCCCAUUCCUCCCCAACUCCUGUAUGUAUAUAUCACGAACGCCGUAAUUUUGAACCUUGCCACCCAUCCAUUCCCUGCUAUUGGUAUAAUAUAAGGCUGCCAUUUUGCUUCUGUUGUAUUUUAUGAGUACCCUCCUUGCUACCAUUCGUUUCCCUGCGAACUUGAUUUUUCUACCAUGCGCUUAUCUACCACGCGCCUCAUUCGUUGUGUUCAUCAUCACAGACUACUUCAUUACAAUCAGCUCACUGGCUCAAUGCCCGCUGCAAUUGGCAACCUUUCAAACCUGGAACAACUGUAUGUAAGGAGUAUUUUCUGCGCUGCAAUCUCGUCCCCUCCAUUUCUCCCCUCCUUCCCUCACUUUGUAGCCCUCUUUUUUUUUCUCUCCUCUCCAGCCCACGUACAAGUAACCUCUCUAAUGAAUGGGGUUAGACAUGGGCAGCAUGCCAAGCCAAGCUCGGGCCGACCCGGCUCGACUCGCCAAUAAGGCGAGUCGAGCCGGGUCGAGCCGGUCGAGCCGCGCGGCUCGGCUCGACUCGUCACAAAUUUCAUGGCGAGCCACAGUUGAGCCGGCUCGACUCUGGCUCGAAUUUGGCUCGACUCCCGAAGUGCGCAGCUCGCCAGCGGGGGGUCAAAAUUCGAAGUCGAAAAUCCAUUUCAGGUUUUCGACUUCCAGCGAGCCUAAGCGUGCAUCUAGGCUAUUUCGCCACCAUAGCUUGCCCUCACUCCACCAACACCACUUCUUUACAUUAUUUUCGUCUACCUUUUACUCUUGUAGGAAGGAUCUAAGGGUUUAGGGACCUUUUCCUAAGAGCGCCAAGAUUCAAAAUUGCGGUUUUCGUAAUAUACGGUCCGUAAAUUACGACCGUUUUUUACGGGCAGUUUGGGAAAAACACGGCAUAAUUUUAAUAGAGCACAUAUUUUGUUUUUUCCAAGGGAGAAUGGCUCCUAUGCGGCUCAAACGUCAAGUGAAUGCUUCUUUAUGUGGCAGCUACAAACACGAUCUAGAGAGGUGUGACGUCCGGGACCCCUAUUUCCCCCUAUUCCCUACCUCCUCCUCCUACUCCUCCUCCUCCUCCUCCUCCUCCUCCGCCGCCUCCUCCUAUUCCGCCUCGUCAUCCUCAGCCGCUCCCUCCUCCUCUGUUUUGUAACUUGCGCGAAACCACCCUCCUGGGCGUGAAAAGAACCAACGGGUUCUUUCGUAACGGCCCAGCAAAAUUUCGAAAAACGCGGGACUCGGGUUUCGGGAGAAUUCUCGCUUCAGGAAAGCGUUGACUUUGUACAUUUGGGGGUGUGCAUGUAUCCUCACCCCCAGAAUUCUGAUACAAAACUCGACAUUGUGAAUGUACACCUUAGGUUUAGAAAAAACGGCAGGAAAAAACGGCCUUUUUUAAAACCAACGCAAAAGAGGUGAUUUCGAACCGUCAUAUUCGUAUUAUACGGCCGUAAAUUACGG